CUAGGGAUGGCCUUCACUUUCGUCUCCCCCCCUCCCAAUAUUCCGAUCCAAGGGAUAUCCUCUCGCUUCUCUCUCUCUCUCUCCAUGCUCUCUUUUUAGGGUUUGCCCGCUUCGUACUCUUCUCUGUUUCUAGGGUUUCGAUCGGGCUCGUUCCUCCUCUGGGCGCCUCCAAAGAUGAAGCUUACGGUGAAAACGUUGAAGGGGAGUCACUUCGAUAUCCGGGUUCAGCCCAGCGAUACGAUAAUGGCUGUGAAAAAGAUUAUUGAGGACGUACAGGGAAAAGAUAACUAUCCAUGGGGGCAGCAAUUGUUGAUUCACAAUGGGAAGGUCUUGAAAGAUGAAAGUACAUUGGAAGAGAACAAAGUUAGUGAAGAUGGAUUUCUUGUUGUCAUGCUUUCUAAGAGCAAAACUUCAGGUGCACCAGGAGCCUCAUCUACUGCUCAGCCUUCAGCUCCAGCUCCGGCUCCGGCUCCGGCUCCGGCUCCGGCUCCGGCUCCGGCUCCGGUUCCGGCUCCAGCUCCGGCUCCGGCUCCGGCUCCGGCUCCGGCUCCUCGUCCUGCUUCUAGCAACCCUCCUGCACAAGCUCCGGCCUCAACCAACCUUGCAAGUGGCACUGAAAGAGCAACAAUGGAGCCUGCUGAUGCUUAUGGUCAAGCUGCAUCCAGCUUAGUUUCAGGGAGUGAUAUUGAGCCAGUGGUUCAGCAGUUGAUGGAUAUGGGUGGUGGGAGCUGGGACAAAAAUACUGUUCUGCGUGCACUUCGUGCUGCUUACAACAACCCAGAGCGUGCUGUGGAAUAUUUAUAUUCUGGUAUUCCUGCUACAGCAGAAGUUGCUGUUCCAGUUGGUAACAUUUCUUCAGCUCAAGCAUCUGGUCAGGGGGCAAACACGACUGAGACAACUACAGCUCAGGCCUCACCACUAUCUGGAGUACCAAAUUCUGCACCUUUAGAUAUGUUUCCACAGGGAACUCCAAGUCUUGGUGCAGUUGCUGGGGAUGGAUCUCUGGAUUUCCUCAGACAUAAUCGACAGUUCCAAGGAUUGCGUGCAAUGGUUCAAGCAAAUCCACAAAUAUUACAGCCUAUGCUUCAAGAACUCAGCAAGCAGAACCCUCAACUUCUAAGGCUAAUCCAAGAGCAUCAUGCUGAGUUUCUCCAGUUAAUAAAUGAGCCUGUUGAAGAUCUUGAGGGGGAUCUGUUCGAUCAGCCUGAGCAGGAGAUGCCCCAUACCGUCAGCGUUACGCCUGCUGAGCAAGAGGCAAUUGCACGAAUUGAAGCCAUGGGGUUCGAUCGGGCACGUGUCAUAGAAGCAUUCUUAGCUUGUGACAGGAAUGAGGAGUUGGCUGUAAAUUAUUUGCUAGAACAUGCAGGCGAUGAAGAGUAAAGAUGGUUUGCAUCAGGCUAGCAUGAAGACCAUCAAUGGAUUUGAACCAUAUUCCUGGAAGAUUGGCAUAACUUUCUUGCGCUGCCUUGAAGAUGGGUCAUCAUGCAUUUCUGAUGAUGGCAAUGGAGUCUUGAGUUGUUUCCAUGGGCCAACUAUCCAUCUCGUGAACGCUCAAUGAUUAAAUGAUAGAGGAUGCGACAGAUGAUUUUUAGACAUUGCUUUUAAAUAACUUCUAUAUUAUAUCUCAUAACUUCCAUAAUUGCAGCUUCUUUCAUCUAAUUGUCCGCCAUUUUUCUCAGGUGAUUUGAUUUUGUCUUCUGUAUUUGGUAUGUAGCAGGGGGGGGCGUAUAGAUUGAGAUAUCUGGAAAGAUUUCUGUGGAUUGUCUUUAAUUGAUACUAAUUUAUUAUAGUUUUUUUUUCCUUUUCUGUUUUUUUCUCCUUUCCUGGUAUAGUAGUAAAAGAGUUUGUUUAUGUG